AUGUUGAAAAAACUCAAUAAAAAGGUAAACAAAAAAGAACGAAAUGAAUCGGACAAAAAAGGAAACAAAGGAUUACGUUACAUUGUUAAGUUAGACUCAGAAGAAGAAAAUAGUAAUAAGAAUAAUACAAAUAGAGAGAAAUAUAAACAUACAAAAAAAAGAAGCAACAAAAGACGAAGCUUAUCUGUGCUCACACCUAAUUAUGAAAAAGACAUCAUAAAUAAUAUAAAACUUGCUGAUAAGUUGUACAAAUUAACGGUAAAUCAGAGCUCAGGAGAAUCGGAAGAUGAAAAUAAUAAGAAAAGAAAAAAUUCGAAAAAAGAAAAAAAAAAUGAUUGGAAAAAUAAAAAAAGCAAAAAUAGGAGAAGCUUAAGUUGUGAUAAUUACUACUCGGAUCGUGCGAGCAAUAAAGAGAAAAAUAAAAAGGUUGAUAUAAACAUUAAUGAAGUUCAGACAAAUUACAAAAAUAAAAACAUAAAAAUUAUUUAUGACCAUGGGAAUUCAAAGAGAAUAAUCGUAAGAGGAAAUAGAAAGAAGGGCGGCAGGUGUGACAGAGCAACCGAUGAAAUCGCAAGUGAACACCAUAGCGAAAAUGAACUUGGUGAUGAAAGCGAAGUGGAAGAGGAAAGCGAAAUGGAAGGUGAAGACGAAAUGGAAGAGGAAAGCGAAAUGGAAGAGGAAAGCGAAAUGGAAGAGGAAAGCGAAAUGGAAGAGGAAAGCGAAAUGGAAGAGGAAAGCGAAAUGGAAGAGGAAAGCGAAAUGGAAGAGGAAAGCGAAAUGGAAGAGGAAAGCGAAAUGGUAGGUGAAGACGAAAUGGAAGAGGAAAGCGAAGUGGAAGAGGAAAACGAAAUUGAUGACGAGGACCAUUACAAAAGAAAACGAGGUAAUAAGUAUAAUGAUCGAGUGAGAAACAAGUCAGAUAAUCGCAACCAUCUAAUACACACAAAAAAAAAUUGCAUAGAUAGAAGAGAGCGAAAAAAAGGAAUGAAAAAUGCCAAAGAGAAAAGAACAAAAUGUGUAAAGAGUAACUUCACAACGCUAAGUGAUAGCUAUUGCAAUGAAAAUACGAAAAAAUAUAUCAGAAAAGUAAGAAGAAAACUUUCUACCCCUAAAUUCGUGAGAGACAGAAACAGAAAGGAGAGUAGGGAACCGACUGAAAGAAAAAACAAAAAGGAGAAGAUCUAUGAGAGAAGUGUAAAAAAGGAAUAUUAUCCCAUAAUGUAUGAAAGAAAAUAUAGUGAAAAUAAAAAAAAUUUUGAUGACACAGAAUCUUUUAAUAAAGGAAUGGAUAGAAGUAGUAAAAUGUUAACAUACCAAUUUUUAAGCACAAGGAAUGACGAAAUGAAAACUAAUUUUUUUCUUACUAUUAAGGAUAUUGUAUUUAAGGUGCAUCUAAACUUACAAAAUAUUAAAGAAAUAUUAAAGAAUAAAAAUGAUUACAUAACAAGUAUAGUAGAUUCAUCAUACCGUAACAUAAUAGAAAAUCUAAAACGGAAUGAAAUAAAAAAAGACAAUUUCUACAAAAUAGUUUUUUAUGACUUGUUUAAUUUGUUGAAUGAAUUCAUUAUGGUAGAUGAUUAUACCAAAAAAUUUUUUUUCAGCAUUGAAACAGAUGUUAGGAAGAGAUGUUUAGAAAAUAUUAAAAACGAGUUUUACAAUUUUAUCAACAGAUAUUUGCCCCCAGGUGAGAUUAAGAGUGCAUACAAUUCGACUAGAACUAACGAAAUGAAUUCGCAGGACAUGCACAAGCGCAUCAUGAGCAAUCAUGAAUCCGUAAAUAAAGAGGAAAAAAAUCUCUACACUUCCUUGUGUUCUUACAAUAAUGGGGAACGUUUCGACAUGGUAGGCAACAAUUGUGAUACUUUCAGUGGUUGUGGAUUCAAUCGCAGUAGCAGCAAUAUGGUGUAUAACACGGGAUCGAAUAGAAAAAACUGGUUACACCUAAAUAACUUGCAACAUAACGAAAAUGAAAGAAACGAAUUCAUAAAAAUAGAAGGAGUGGGAAACGAUCUCGUACUUAAACUAAAGAAGUCAAGCAUUCUGCAAAAUAACAAAGAACAGGAUGAUAUUGUGGAAUAUUUAAAGAAUAUUGUAAAAAAUGAAAAAGAAAAAAAUAUGAAAUUAGAAUUAGAGUAUGAUGAACUAAAACAAAAAUAUGAAUUGUUGAAAAAGAAAAGAGAAGAAGAUAUUCUUAAGGAAAUGAAUACAUCUAAGAAUAGUGUAAAGGAUGAAGAAAAUUUUUUUAAAAAAUUUUAUCAGAGUCAGUCAAUUAUAAAAUUAGAAGAUAAAAUACUCGAGGACUCGUCUAAAAGAAUUGUGGAUGAAAAUUUAAAGCUGAUCAAAAUAAAAGAAAUAAACGAACAAAACAAAAAGGAAAUAGAGAAAGACAUGCACGACGCCGACGUGAAGAAAAAGGAAAUAGAAAAAGACCUAAAAGACAUCGAAGUGAAGAAAAAGGAAAUAGAGAAAGACCUAAAAGACAUCGAAGUGAAGAAAAAAGAAAUAGAAAUAAACAUGGACACACUAGAAAUCAAAAAAAAAGAGAUUGAACUUGAAAACGAGAUGCUAAAAAAAAAAAAAAAUCAAGUAGAAGUUGAAAAUGAAUUAAUAGAACAGAAGAAGAAACAACUUGAGGACGAAAAUUCUACGCUCGAUGAUAAUAGAAGAGAAGUCGAUAGACAAAAUGAUUUGAUUAAAGAGAAGAAAACGGAUUUAGAAGAAGCAAACAAAUUGUUGGAGGAAAGGCAGAAACGGAUGGAAGAAGCAGACAAACUGUUGGAGGAAAAGCAGAAACGGAUGGAAGAAGCAGACAAAUUGUUGGAGGAAAAGCAGAAACAGAUGGAAGAAGCAGACAAAUUGUUGGAGGAAAGGCAGAAACGGAUGGAAGAAGCAGACAAAUUGUUGGAGGAAAGGCAGAAACGGAUGGAAGAAGCAGACAAAUUGUUGGAGGAAAGGCAGAAACGGAUGGAAGAAGCAGACAAAUUGUUGGAGGAAAGGCAGAAACGGAUGGAAGAAGCAGACAAAUUGUUGGAGGAAAGGCAGAAACGGAUGGAAGAAGCAGACAAAUUGUUGGAGGAAAGGCAGAAACGGAUGGAAGAAGCAGACAAAUUGUUGGAGGAAAGAGAGAGACGGGUGGAAGAAGCAGACAAAUUGUUGCAUGAAAAGCAGAAACUGGUGAACGUGGAAGACAUAUUACUGAACGAGAAACAAAGAACGAUGCAAAGGAAGUGCACUAUAAUGGAAGACAAAUUAAAUCAAAUGACACAAGAAUGCAUAACAUUAGGGGAAAAAGGUUUUCAGUUGCAUAUGGAUAAUAUAGAAUUGAAGUCUAAUGAGGUAAAAAGUGAUAUAGACAAGGAUCAGAAGGACGCCAUUAAGACAGAUCAGAAGGAUGGAAUCAGAGAUGAUCCCACAAGAAGGGAACAUGAAGAUAGUCAGGUGCCAUCUAUACAAAAUAAUAAUUAUAACCAUAUACAAGAUAGGGAAUAUGGCAUGAAUAAACGUAGUAUUUCCACGCUAGAUAGAUCAUCAAUAGAAAAUAUUGAAAAGGAAAAAAGUCGUAAUAACACUAGUAUCGAAAUGGAAAAAAAAAGAAACAGUGUUUUGUCUUAUUUAGGAAGUACGAAAUUUUCUUUGAAAGAUAUUUCAAAAAGGGAAGAAAAUGUAUUUUCGACAAUUAAUACUUCCCCAAAUGCCCCCCACUAUGGCACUGCUACUAUAAGCACAAAUGAUGAUCAUCUUAUAUUAAACGAUAAAGACUAUUUAAUGAAGAAUAAUGAAAUUAUAGAACGAGAACAAUACCUUUUAAAUAUAGAAGAAAAAUUAAAUAAAGAACGAGAGCAAAUUUCCCAACAGAUUAAUGAAUUAAAUGUAUUAAAAGAUGAUAUUUCCAAUCGAAUGGAAGCAUUGAAAAUACGGGAAGACGAAAUUUGCAAAAAAGAGGAAGAAUUAAAAAUGAAAGAAACAUACUUGCGAAACCUGCAGAAGAAAAACGAGGACAACACAGAACAGACAGGACUAUCAAUCAUACAUUCGAAAAAAGAAACCCUCUCCUGUAAUUCAGAACAGAUAAACAUAUCAGACAUAAAUAUACAGCAACAGUGCAAUUCAUUGCAUUGUGGUACUAAUUCUGAUGAAAUAAAAAAUCCGAAAAUUAUUUAUGAGAAAAUGACCCAACUUGAAAAUUAUAACAGAAUAAACAAUCAAGCGUAUUGCGAAGAAGAUGAAUUAAACGAAUUAACAAAAAUUGAGAAUAGCAAAAAUUUGGAAAGUAAUAAUUCUUCACAUGAUAAAGAUAAUAAGAACAGUAACCUCGUUAAACUAGGAACUUUUCCUUCAUCAUAUGAUCAUAAUUCGCAAAAAGACUGCACUAGUAAGAACCUAGAAGAAAUUAAAAGCAAUCUAAAUAACGAUUCGAAUGAAAUAGAAAAAUGUAAACGCUUUUUAAAAAGUAGAGAUUCAGAAUAUGCUUCAAUAAUGCUGGAAUUGGAAAAGCAAGAAAAUGAAGAAAAAUGGAACGGAGGUGUUAUAUACGAAAUGAGUAAUUCACAAUAUAAUUCAAAAAAUGAAGAUUUUGUUUCUAAUAAUGAUAAUACCCAUGUUGCUGGAUUAAACGUGAGUGAAUUAAAUACACAAAAAACGAUGAAAAAUGUUAUUAGCAGAGAGAUGAUAAUGUUAUACAGGGAAAUAAGCAAAAUAAAGGAGGAAUAUAACAAAAGUAUCCUUAAAAAAAAUGAAUUUAUAGGAGGCCUGUUGCAUAACUUUUUUAACGAAAUGCGAAACAACUACAAGUUCAAAGAAAAUUUGUACCUGAAGGAAUCGAGUAAAUAUCAAAACCUUAUUAACGAUAAAGAAUGCUACAUAAAGGAACUUAAAAACGCGUUACAGGAAAAAAAAGCGAAAGAGGUGUCUUACAAAAAGAUGCUAUUAAAAAUGAAUCAAAUAAAUGACGCUUAUAAAUUGAAAAAUAAAAGAAGUUUAUCAACUGUAGAGAUGUUGAAACAAGACAUAAAGCUUUUAAAUCAGGAUGUUUUAAAGAAAAAGGAAAUGGUAAGCUUUGUAUAA